AAUUUACAUGUGCUGGCAACACUAUAUAAAAAAAUAUAUCUACACGUCAGCUUCGUGUGCUGUCAAUUUACGUUCAAUUUUCAGAAUUUUCAUGUAAUUUGCUGAUUUUCCGGCUAUAAACAAAAUGGUGCUCAUAGCAGCUACAGUAUGUACGAAAUCGGGAAAAGCGCUGGUGUCCCGCCAGUUCGUGGAGAUGACGAAGGCGCGCAUCGAGGGUCUGCUGGCCGCGUUCCCCAAGCUCAUGACGGCGGGAAGGCAGCACACCUUCGUCGAGACUGAGUCUGUGAGGUAUGUGUACCAGCCGCUGGACAAGCUGUACAUGCUGCUCAUCACCACGAAGGCCAGCAACAUCCUUGAGGACCUGGAGACUCUGCGCCUCUUCAGUCGAGUGGUACCGGAAUACUGUCAGCACCUGACGGAGACGGAGGUGCUGAACCAGGCGUUCAACCUGCUGUUCGCCUUCGACGAGAUCGUGGCGCUCGGCUACCGGGAGAGCGUUAACUUGGCACAGGUUCGCUCUUUUGUUGAAAUGGACUCCCAUGAAGAGAAAAUCUAUCAGGCCGUCAGACAGACGCAAGAGCGAGAGGCCGCUAACCGCAUGCGUGAGAGAGCGAAGGAGCUACAGAGAGAGAAACUGGAAGCGGCCAAGCGAGGCGGGCCGCGCAGUAAUAUGUCUUAUGGCAGUAGCGGUGGUUUCGGCAGCUCGUCCAUGUCGUCGGCUUCCUCGGCCGAGCCCUACGUGGAGAAAGUGAACACUACACCGGCGCGCGAGCAACAGCGUCCUUCAGGCCGGUCCGCCAUGAAGCUAGGCUCCAAAUCCACGGAUGCAGACUCGUUCGUGUCGCGCCUGCGCAGUGAGGGCGACACGGUUCCAACUGCCGCCGCGCCCGGGAAGGAGAAGGAAGUGGUGCACAAGGAUCAUAACGAUGUCCACCUUCGUUUCGAGGAGCGGUUGAACCUGACGGCGGGGCGCGACGGCGACGUGCAACACUACGAGCUAUCAGGCUUGUUGACUCUGCGCAUCAGCAACGAGCAGUUUGGCCGCAUCCGCGUGCACCUCGACAACAAGGACACCAGAGCACUUCAGCUACAGACCCACCCGAACGUGGACAAAGAGGCGUUCCGCACCGGCGGACUUAUUGCCCUAAAGCAAUCUCAGCGUCCGUUCCCGCUGCACAGCGACGUGGGCGUGCUCAAGUGGCGGCUGCAGGGGGGGGACAAGACCCCACUUUCUAUAAACUGCUGGCCGUCGGAGGCGGCGGGCGGCGGCUGCGACGUCAACAUCGAGUUUGAGCUGGAGCAGACGCACCUGGUCCUCACUGAUGUCGUCCUCAACAUUCCUCUGCCAUCCGGCAACAGCUCGGUAGUGGUCCACCAAUGGGAGGGCAGCUACUCGCAGAAGGGACGGUCGCUAGUGUGGAGUAUCCCCGUCAUAGACGAGGAGCACAAGACCGGCACUCUGGAGUUCACCGUAAACCCAGCGGUCCCCAACGACUUUUUCCCCAUCAACGUGACAUGGACCUCAGAGACGUCUAACGCCAUGAUCAAGGCUAUGAAGGUCACUCAGGCGGACGACGGAACGCCUGUAGACUUCUCACAGGAAAUCAGCUUCCACCCCGAUAGCUAUGAGGUGGUUUAAAAGCGAUUGUUGCAAUAAAAUUGAAGUGUAAACUAAGACGCCAUUUUAAUUUCACUUUUGGCCUUUUGGCGCCAUAUUUUUAUUUAUGUACCAUAGAGAAUAUUAUGAUUAUUUUUUUCAUAGAUGUUAUAGGUUACAGGCAGACUUAAAGUGCCUGUAAAAUAAGAGAUCGCCACACUAUUCCAUGUAUUUUAUUUUAUGGUGAUCCUAAGUAUCUUAUAAGUUUUGUGGCUUAAAUUUGUUUUUCGGUAAAAUAAUUAUGUAUUCUAUGAUACAAGAACUAUCUAAAAAGCGUAUGUUUUACGAUAAAUGUAAUUAAAUCUAACAGGAUAAAGUAUUGUAACUAAUUUACUUAAGAAAUGUUAAAUAAAUAAAGGAUAUAAAUUACA